AUGCCCGCACCGUCAGCUGCCUCGGGUAGCGCGCUAUUGUUGGCUUCGUCAACGACGCCAUCGCCUAGCAAAGUCACGGCGGGCUUGUCGACGCCUGCAACCAGUGUCUCGACGUCGUUUACGUCCUGGUACAACGCGCGCCUCGUGUGUGUCUAA